AUGGCGGUGUUUCUUAUUAAUAAUUGUCAAUUUCAAGGAUGUGGAUUGCGAUUUACAACUUUAACAGAACUUAUCCAGCACAUAGAGGAUACUCACUUAGAAACUGAUGUAAAAACUCUCGAAAAACAAGAAAUGCAUCCUCCAGCAUCAGUGCCUCUAAGCCAGAUUUUGAGGAUAUCAGCAGAUGCUGCUAAAAGAGCACAAGCAGAGCUCAUCCGGAAACGUGCUCGAGCACAAUCACCUGCAUCAUCUCCUGCUAGCAACACUGAUAUCAAUCGUACUAAAAAUACAUUGCUGCUGAAUGUGGAGUCCUCAAAUGUUCAAUUAUGCUCUAAUGCAACUUAUGCUCGUAGCAAUUCUGCCACAGGGAGUGAAUUUGAUGAAGAUGAAAUGGUCAGUGAAAAUGAAGACAGUGAUGAUUCCUGGACAAAUCAAGAAGAAUUUAAUUCAGAUUUGAUUUUGAGCAUGAGAAAUACAAAAGAAGCUGAUGGUGAUAAGCCAUUUCCUUGCCCAAUUCCUGGCUGUAAGAAAAGAUACAAAAAUAUUAAUGGUAUCAAGUACCAUGCUAGACAUGGGCAUCGCAAGGAUGCAAGAGUUAGGAAAGGAUACAGGUGUCACUGUGGCAAGAGUUACAAAACUUCACAAGGCUUACGGAAUCACAGUCAGCAUUGUUCCACAUUUGAUAUCCUUUCACUCUCCCAGCAGCAAUCACAACAACAGCAAAAUUGUACUCCUCACAUACAGCAACAGCAGCAACAACAACAACCACCACCAUCAUCGCAACAGCAACAUGUAAGACCAACACAGUUGGCUGUGGCUCCCUCCUCAAAGCCUUCAAUAGCCCAACUAACCUGUCAUAGUGGGGCUACAGCAUCAGUGAAUACACCUCCAAUAACACCAACCAAUUUGUCUGCUGUGAAUCCUUCUUUAGCAGCAGCAUUCUCACAGUCAGGGAUCACACAAACUCAGCUGAUGGCCCAGUUACCAUCAUCAUCAGUGGCACAUAUGCAACUUUUAAGUCAACCAACAACUGCUUUGGUGACCACUGCCACAGCCUAUGAACAGUGA